AUGCAGUCCCCUGAGGAGGUUGCUGGUAUACUUAGCAGUGGACAGCACGUUACCAAUCCUUGGGCCUCGCCUAACCUCAAGGCCGCUCCGCAUGGCUGCAUUGCGCUGGUGGGACCAGAGAUAUACGCACAGCCUCUCCUGAUAAGAGAAACAAUCCGCUACGUCGUCUCCACAAAUUCGGGAGACGAGCCGUUAACCAGCUUCAACAUUAUUGCUCUCUCUCUGGUCAUCUACACAGGGCUUGCUAUCUCAACCGCGGCAUACCAAAAUCGCCUCAAUCGUCUAAGUGUCAUGACGAGGGGAGUUCUGGUCAGCCUGGUUCAUGAUAAAGCCCUGAAGUCCAGCAAUGACACGCUCAAUGCCGGCAAAGUCGUGACUCUUAUGAGUAAUGAUGUUGAUAGUCUAACCGACGUUGCGGGAAUGUUUCAUGAGACUUGGGCUCAGAUCAUCGAAGUGGCAAUCGGCGUUGUACUUUUGGCACGCGAGGUCGGGUGGCUGUGGCCGUUACCACUCGUGUUCAUCUUUCUCUGCUCUCGGAUGAGCCAGUUUGUCGCACGCAACUUAAGGGGCCGGCAGGCAGCUUGGAAUAAUGCCACCCAAAAUCGCAUCUCAAUGACGUCCAACGUCCUGUCUACCAUCAAGAAUGUGAAGAUGCUGGGCCUACAAGUCAAUAUCGUUUCAUACAUAGAAAGGCUUCGCCAAAUCGAGAUAAACACAAUGGCAAGGAGAGUGCGUUGGAUGAUGGUGGCUUACAAUGCGUCUGCAAAUGCACUGGGCAUUUUUACCCCCAUCAUUACCUUGGUGUUAUACGCAGUUCUAGCAAGGCUAAAAGGUGUUAGCCUGGAUGCCGAAACUGCCUUCACUACCACUGCAAUUCUGGGCAUGGUCACUCAUCCGGCAAAUAUGGUCAUGACUAUUAUACCUAGAGCGGUGGCCUCCUUUUCAAGCUUCGACAGGAUCCAAACGUUUCUCCUGGAAGCGCCACAGAUAGACCUCAGGAAGAGGCCGCAAGGACAUCGUAUUAACGGGAGUGUCGACUCGCAAGCGCCGAAUCCGUCAGACCAUAUCGCCGUUUCAUUAACAGGCGUUUCGGUCAAGAUGUCACGGACGAUCUUGCAGGAUAUUAGUUUUGAAAUGCCUCAAGGCGCAAUAUUCAUGUGCGCAGGGCCUACAGCUUCCGGGAAGACAAGCAUCGCCAAGGCGAUACUGGGCGAACUUCAGGCAAGCGACGGAACCGUAAUCAUUAACAACAGGCGCAUUGGUUACUGUGCGCAGUCGCCUUGGCUGCCCAGUACAACCAUCAAGAGAGCCGUGCAAACAUUCUCAAUCACGGAUCAAGAGGAUGAAAUUUGGUACAAGGAAGUUCUCGGCGCAUGUUGCCUCGAGUUCGACCUAAAAAACAUGGCAUGUGGAGAUGAGACCCUGGUGGGAUCUAGAGGUAUGAAUCUCUCUGGUGGCCAAAGGCAGCGGGUUGUAAGUUGGAAAUUCAUCUCUGGAUUCGACCAGUUACUGACUUCGCCCGAGGCUCUUGCUCGCGCUCUCUAUUCAAGAUGUAAAAUGCUAGUCCUAGACGAUACCCUCAGUGGACUCGACGCGAAAACAGAAAAUCAAGUCGUUGAGAACCUCCUCGGCACUAAUGGGCUAGUCCGAAGACUUGGAAUCACCGUGUUUUUGACCACCAACGGAGGCUCUGCAACAUCUUCAUCUAGCGGACCGAGUUCUGAUAAUGGAGGAUUGCCGGAUCAAAGAACAAGGCAAGAGCCGCGGGUUCAGCCGAAAGGUUCACCUGAUGCUGCACUCGUGAAACGUCGAGAAGGCGACAGUGAACUCUAUGGAUUCUAUGCUGCAGGUCUCGUUCUCAUCUCAUUCGUGGCAUGGUCCACAACGAAUGGUAUAAUGUGGUCCACCGUGAUGAGGGUGGCCCCUCAUUCGGGCCUUGUUCUCCAUUCCCGGCUUCUCAGUACAGUCUUGAGCGCUCCGCUCUCGUAUUUCUCCAAAACGGACAGCGGUGAGAUUCUCAAUCGAUUCAGCCAAGAUAUCCAGCUUGUCGAUAAGCAAGUUGGGAAUGCGAUUUCGACCCUCUGCGUUCAGGUAUUCAAGCUGUCUGUUCAGGCUGCGCUGUUGUUCAUGGCAUCCAAGUACAUGACCUUUAGCCUUCCGAUUUGCGCUAUUGUUGUAUACAUCAUACAAAAUGUGUAUUUGCGCACAUCCCGUCAGCUGCGUUUGCUUGAGCUCGAGUCUAGAUCUGCUGUCUUUACGAAUUUUCUAGAAGCAGUCGAAGGUGUAACCACAAUCCGAGCAUUCCAGUCUCUAGAUCAAGCUAAGGAAGAUCACAUUUCAUAUCUCGAAUUCUCCCAAAAACCGUUUUACUUCUUGUUUUGUCUCCAGAGGUGGCUCAAUAUUGUUUUGGAUAUGCUCGUCGCAGCCGUAGCUGUAGGGGUAAUCAGCCUUGCGGUGAUCCUGAAGGGUACAACGACAGGGGGUCAAAUUGGUCUGGCACUCAACAUGGUGCUGGUAGCCAACACGACUUUACUACGACUGGUACAGUCGUGGACGAAUCUAGAGAUAUCUCUCGGUGCAAUUUCCCGCCUCAAGACCUUGCAAGAAACAGUGUCUUCGGAAGAUCAGUAUUCGGAUGCUGCAGAAGCCUUCCUCGACAAUCCAUGGCCAGAACCUGGAGUUGUGGAGCUGAAUGGUAUCACAGCAUCGUACAACCCUGAAGCCGUUGCACUGCACGAAUUUUCGCUUAAAGCGGAGGCCGGCCAACUAAUUGUGCUUUGCGGUCGCACUGGGAGGGGCAAAAGCUCGGUGCUUCUGUGUUUGCUCAAGAUGAUGGAUGUAAAGGGCGGUUCCAUCAGAGUCCACGGUCUUGAUUUGACACAUGCACCCACGCGUGUAAUCCGGGAGCACUUCUUUGUGACCAUCCCACAAGACGCAGUACUUUUGAACCAGGCGACUCUGAGGUUCAAUGUUGACCCCUCCGAGACUAUUAGUAGCACCACAGUCGUGCAUACUUUGAAGAUGGUGCAGCUGUGGCAGCACUUUGUGCAACCGAACGCCAGCGCGGCAGACGGUGUGGUAAGCAAUGAUAACGCCGGCAGUGGUCUACACCAUCACACAUUGGAUGAGCCUCUGUCUUCAUUGCCUUCCCUCUCGGCAGGCCAAACACAGCUCCUCGCACUAGCUCGUGCCAUACUUCAAGUGCAUUGCAGAACUGAAUCGGGUUACCAGCCUAUCAUCCUCCUGGACGAAGCCACAUCCUCCCUGGAUGCUACCACUGAGAAGCUGAUGCUUUCGAUCAUUCGGCGAGAGUUCUGCGACAAGGGGCUGACAACAAUCAUGGUGGCCCAUAGACUUGGUGCUGUUUCCGAAAUCAUGCGAGAUGGGAUAGACAAAAUGGUAGAUACGUAA